AUGAGGUUACAAGACACAACCACCCCCCCUGAUUACCCAGAUUUUGUCAACAACUUUUGGGGGUCUUCCCCGGAGGCAAGCUUUGACAUAAUAACAACAAGAAUAAAAGAUGCGUUAUCAACCCUUGAUGAACUCAUACAAUUUUACCAUGAAAAAGUCAAUAUUGAAAGAGAUUACACUAGACGAUUGGAAAAACUAUCGUCAAAAUUCCCAUUGGGUACCCAUGAAACAGGCUCAAUGAAAAAAUCACUCGACAAGUUGCAUAUCGAAAAUCAGUUUAUGAUUGAUUGUAAUACCAAAUUCAUAAAGUCUUUAAUGGAAUCCAAUUUGGACAAGUUGGAAAAAUUUCACAGCUUGUAUGUCAAGAAAGUGGACAAGUUGAAACAUCACAUGAACAAAGUAAUACUAAGGCGAGCUUCAGCAUUGAAAGACUUGCAUCACUAUAAAGACAAGUAUCAAGAAGAGUGCAGAGCCUACAAGUCUCUCAAGUUGUCGCUCCAAACAACUUGGGGCAAAGAAUUGGAAAAGAAUGAGAGCAAGUACCAUAAAUUGACAUCCUCAAUAAAUCAAACAGUUAAACAUUAUCAAUACUCCAUACAAGUCUACAAAGAUAUCAAUGACAUUUACCAAAAGGAUUGGACAAUCUCCAUAAACGAUUUUUACAAAUUAGAGAUUGAACGAAUCCAGGUUAUGAAAAUCAAUUGUUUCACAUAUUGUAAUAACAUAGCUACCUUGUGUGUUGACCUAGAUCAGUCGGUGGAUUUGGCAAGAUCAACAUUUGCUUUGGUGCAGCCACAAACGGAUAUACAAGAAUUUAGUAAUAAUUAUGGUACAGGCAACAGAGUGUAUGAUGAUCCACCAUUUGUUGAUUACAUGACUGGAUGUGACGAGCCCACCAUUGGCUACAAAAUACUGAACUUACAUAAUCCUGAUCACAAUGAAAUACUAUCGCGAACGUAUUCCACUUACUCGUCUUCGUCAAACAAGACUGCGGGGACCAUACCAUCGUCUCAUGCUGAUCAGUACUAUGGUCGUGAAUCGUCUACACCACAGUACUCGCCUGUUAAGGAUACUCGGACAGCUCACCCCCAUGAAAUGACGCCAACUCCGAAAAGUAAGCUAUACAAUGAUAAUUCCAAAGAACUACCUCCAAUAUCCAAUGGUCAUCACAAUAUGACACCAACCCCGAGGGCAAAAUUAUUCACCACGACUCCUGCCAAGGACCUUCCACCGAUAUCUAAUGGACAUGUUGAAAUGACACCGACAUCAAAAGCUAACUUAUUCAACAACUCACCCCAUAAGUCACUUGCCCCACCAACGACGACAAAUACAUCUCCAUCUAAUUUAUCACCAUACAAACACCAGCAACAACAACAACACCAGCAACAUCAAACACCUCUGAGGAAACCACCAGUGGAUUUGUUAUCUCACAAGACACAUUCAACAAUUAGCUCCAACCCAGAAAAUGACUUGUUUUCAGUUAAAAAUGACCCUUUGGCCAAUAGUCAAGGAUCAUCAAACUAUAGUUCUGAACGAAACUGGGCAUCACCAAGGAGAAAAGAGAAACAAUUACAAGAGAUGCAGGAACAAAUUACACGAAGAGCCACUAAUGAAUUUAAUAAGCGUCAUCAUCAUCCACAAUUGAAUGAAGCACCAAAACUGCAGGGCAAAGUGCCAAUAAUGAAAGAUUUUUCAAUUGACUUCAUUGCCAAGGCUCUAGAAGAUUUAAACUCAGGCGGAGAUGGAGAUGUUAAUCAAUUUAGAAGGUCAGUUAGAAGUAAUGGUUCAAGUCCAGUUAAGCCAAGGCCCAAAUCAGACUAUAUUGAUGAUCAUGAUGAAGUUGCUCAACGAUACGAUUCGAUAAAUUUUUCACGUCCAAAGUCAAUGAUUGAUGUUGUUGAAAAACCAAAGUAUCAAACUCAUCCACCACCACAACAACCGCAACAACAACAAUCAUCAUCGUCAUCAUCAGCUUACGACCAAUAUAAGUACCGUGGUUUGCCCAAAUCUCCCAAAACCAACACCAAACCACAUACUCCAUUUAUGCUACAGCCUAAAAUCACUCCUGUUAAUCACAAGACAUACGUAAGUAAAGCAACAGCAAGAUAUUCUUUCAAGCCACAAGAAGAUGGCGAGUUGUAUUUCCGCAAGGGAUGGCAAAUGUACAUCAUUCAUAAACAAGAAGAUAGUUGGUAUGUUUGUGAAUUGGGUCCAAAUUGUGAUGAAUAUAAUGGGAAGAUUGGGUUGGUCCCAGGUAACUAUAUCAUUGAACAUUGA